AUGUCUCUCCUGCGCACUCUUAUCCUCCUCCUCAGCCUCUGCCUGAGCCUGGCUCAUCACCAAGUGACUCACGUGAGAGGGAGCAAUCGGAGGAACGAGGCAGUGAUUUGGUGCUUCGUCACAGCCAGACCGCCGAUGAAGCUUUCCUGGAAGAUGGAUCAUCACAAGAUCCUCUCUGUGAACGUGCCUGAAAAUCUGCCUGACAUGGAGAGAGAGUGGAGUAUCGUUCAGGCAGGGAAACUCUAUCCCAAGAAGGAUUUCGUGCGGCUUCCCGGGAAGUUCUAUGGGAUGCUGAAGAAGCGGAGGAAUGACUAUGCCUUCGCUCUGGUGAUUCCCACUGCAGCGCCAGGACUGCGAAGGACGGGAAAUUUCGUGUGCGAAGUGGGAAAUUCUCCUCCAGUGUCGAAUAAAACCCUCUCUUUCGGACAUCCUCCAACUCUCGUCCCAGAAAGGCAGUUAUUGGCUAAUAAUUCGGACAAUUUUGCACUCCCAGGAAGUGCUUUCGCUCUCAACUGUCCCUUUGAGGGAGAUCCUCUGCCGGAAGUUUCCUGGACAACUCCCAAAGGAGCGAAGAAUGGAGUUCUUUACGAGGAAGCUGGUCAGAAACUGCGUAUUUUGUCAGUGAAGGCUUAUCAUUUGGGAGAAUAUCAGUGCAUGUCUAAGAAUUCUCACGGCGAGAAGGGAAUGAGGUUCUUCCUGAAGUCAGGAGAGCCUCCUAAACUCCUGGACAUCAGCAAAUACGACAAGACAUUGGAGAGUUUCGUGGAACAUCUCGUUGCACCCUUGAAUAAGAAGAUCACUCUCAACUGCCCAGUUUCCGGGAAGCCACAGCCCAAGAUUUGCUGGUAUCGCAGGGACUCAAAGCGUCUCAAGCAUACAUCCCAGAGCAUCAGGAUUCGCGCUCCCAAGAACAGGAAUUCCACCUUUUUCUCCUGCUUCGCCACUAAUCAAUUCGGCCACACGGAGAAGAUGUUUCACAUCUUCAAGGAGGGUCAAAUACCCAUUUUCCAACGGUCUGAGGUCAACAGGAAUGUGGCUGUGCGCAUGGGACAGGAGAUCAUCCUGGAUUGCGCGACAUUUGGCGCUCCUGUUCCGGGUGUUUCCUGGUUUAAGGACGGACAGGAAAUUGCGCAGAAGAAGGAUGUGCUGAGAAUCUUCCCAGCCAGGAUGCAGGAUUCGGGAAUUUACAGGUGCAAAGGAGGAAAUAUUCACGGAUUCCUCUCCAGGACUUUCAGAGUGUUUGUUAAGCCUUUAUGAAGUACAAGAAAAUUCAGUGAAUUUCAGUGAAAUACCUUGCAAAAGAACCUCUUGAGUCGAUUUCUGCUUAUCCUGAUUACUUCAUGCAGAGAUUAACUCACUUUUAACCAUUUUUCCUCAAGCUU